GCGCUAACAUUCAUUCAAGGGUUGGACUGUACGUGUAGAAUCCCUACUGAGCCCAGCUCUUGGCCCGAAAGCCGUGUCAGGGUUGGCUGCAAGCCCUGCGCCACUCUACACUAAGCGAGGCGACGGGACCAAGCUGAGCUGAACUCGGGGAAUGUCGCUCGUGGAGGUCGGCCUAGACAUCGCGGAGUAUCGCCCUUCAGACCGGGUAUAUUCCGGCUCUACGACUCCAAGCAAUGGGCGAUCAGUCGCCAAUCAUUCGGUCCGUGUGAAAGCGGUUGGCCGGCUAAAAGUGGUUACGCAGUACUGACCUGACGUCUUGGCUUUUGUGUACCCCAUUCUCAAAGGGGAUAUAAAGCAUGGCUCUUAACGGGCCCCAACCCGGGAUGCCAGAGACGCAUUACGAUACCCAGCCAGCGCCAUGUCGACAGCAACAACCCGAACCACAGCAGGCUUGGCCCAAGAUGUCUCCGUUCGGGUAGAACUUACGCACACGCCACCGCGUCUGACCAUGCUCCGCGCAAGUGGCACUGAUAUCGUCAACGCCGCCGGUGACAAGGUUAUCCUCAAGGGAGCCGGGCUCGGCGGCAUGCUCAACAUGGAAAAUUUCAUUACCGGAUACUCGGGCCACGAGCAUGAGCACCGAGUCGCUCUCGCCGAGGUCUUGGGCAAGGAAAAGGCCGCCUUCUUCUUUGACCGCCUCAUCCACCACUUCUUCACCGACGCCGACGCCGCUCUCUUCGUCUCGCUCGGCCUCAACUGCCUCCGCGUGCCCUUCAACUACCGGCACUUCAUGGACGACGACAACCCCAACGUCAUCAAGCCCGAAGGUUUUGCCCUCCUGAACCGCGUCGUCGACAUAUGCGGCCGCCACGGCAUCUACGUCGUGCUCGACCUGCACGCCGUGCCCGGGGGUCAGAACCAGGACUGGCACAGCGACAGUGGGCUCUCGCGCGCGCUCUUCUGGGAGUUCCGCGACUUCCAGGACCGCGCCGUGCAGCUCUGGCGCGCCAUCGCCGCGCACUAUGCGGGCAACCCCGUGGUCGCCGGGUACAACCCGCUCAACGAGCCGGCGGACCCGCAGCACGCGCGGCUCGUGGCGUGGUACGAGCGCGUCGAGCGCGCCAUCCGCGCCGUCGACCCGGACCACAUGCUCUUCCUCGACGGCAACACCUACGCCAUGGACUUCUCCGCCUUCGACCCGGCCCGCGCCCUGCCCAACGCCGUCUACAGCUGCCACGACUACGCCCGCCUCGGCUUCCCCGGCGGCGAGCAGUACGACGGAUCCGACGCGCAGCGCCUGCACCUGCGCGCCAGCUUCGCGCGCAAGGUAGCCUUUAUGCGCGCGGCCGGCGUGCCCAUCUGGAACGGCGAGUUCGGCCCCGUCUACCAGCAGCACGAUCGGGACGGCGCCGAGAGCGCGGAAGCGACCAACGAGCGGCGCUUCGCCCUCCUGCGCGAGCAGCUGCGCAUCUACCGCGAGUUCGACGCGCCCGUGUCGUGGAGCAUCUGGCUGUGGAAGGACAUCGGGUACCAGGGCAUGGUCCACCUUGACCCGGACAGCGCCUACAUGCGGCUGGUGCGGCCCUUUGUCGAGAAGAAGAAGCGCCUGGGGCUCGACUUUUGGGGCGUCGCGGACAAGAGCGCCGUCGACGGGGAGGUGUACGCACCCUUCAUCGCCAAGCUGCGCGAGAUGGUGCCGGCGCAUCUGCUGCGGAAAAAGUACCCCAAUACGUGGACGUUCGAUCGGCAGGUCGAGCGCGUGGUGAGGGAGUGCUUGAUGAGUGAGUAUCUGGGUUGGGAGAUGGCGGAGCUGUUUGCAAACAAGACAGAGGUGGAGCUAGAGGAGCUGGCCAGUAGCUUUGCGCUUGAGAAGUGUGUUACGAGGGUUAGGUUGAAUGAGAUUUUAAGAUCGGAUGCUCAGUUAACCCGGUAAUAGCCUAGGGGGAAGUGUUUGCUCCUAUCAGAGCGCAGGAUUACUAUAUCACUGCUUUAGACAGACCGUAAAAUAUAGUAUUUAGAGUCCUUAGUUAAGCUCCAAGUCUGGUCUCUAUAUUGCAAGUAAUGUACUUAAG